UCCAAUUUUUUGGCAUUAUAAGAUAUCACUAGUAUCAAAAGUUCUCACAUUAUGGCUUUUCACCACCUUUCUCCUAUCUUAAUCUUGCUCUUGGGUAUUCAACUUGUUGAGAGCCGUUUAACACACGAAACAUUGACAACAACUUUUGCAACUUCAUCAAAAAAUUAUGGUGAUGAAGGGACUAAUUGGGCUGUACUCGUGGCGGGUUCAAGGGGUUACGGUAAUUACAGACACCAGUCAGAUAUUUGUCACGCGUACCAAAUCUUAAAAAAGGGUGGUUUGAAGGAUGAAAACAUCGUUGUUUUCAUGUACGACGACAUAGCUCAAAGCGAAGAAAAUCCAAGAAAAGGAACUAUAAUCAAUAACCCGAAAGGAGCCGAUGUUUACAAAGGAGUUCCCAAGGACUACACGGGCGAAAGUUUGACGACUAACAAUCUUUUAGCUGCAAUACUUGGAAACAAAACAGCCAUAAAAGGAGGGAGUGGCAAAGUUGUUAAUAGUGGCCCGAAUGAUCGUAUAUUUAUCUACUACUCCGAUCAUGGAAGUCCCGGCGUACUUACUAUGCCUAAUGAUGACGAUCUUUAUGCCAAAGAUUUUAUCAACACCUUGAAGAAAAAGCACCUAAUGGGCACAUACAAAAGCAUGGUGAUAUAUAUAGAAGCUUGUGAAGCAGGGAGUAUAUUUGAGGGUCUUCUGCAGAAAGAGUGGAACAUAUACGCGACUACGGCAUCAAAUCCUGAUGAAAGUAGUUGGGCAACUUAUUGCCCUGGUUUUGAUCCUAGUCCUCCUUCUGAAUUUGAUACCUGCUUAGGCGACUUGUAUAGUGUUGCUUGGCUGGAGGAUAGUGACAUGCACAAUGCCCAAUCAGAGACGGUGGAACAACAAUAUGAAGUGGUAAAGAAAAGGACCUCGGAUGGAGGAGAACAUGGAUCACAUGUAAUGGAAUAUGGUAAUACCGACUUUAGUAAGGAACACCUUUCAUCGUACAUUGGAUCAUCAACCCUUGUCUCCAGCAGCCAUAAAGGUCACAACAAAGGCGGCAAGGGCAAGGGCAAGGGCAAGGGCAAUAAGCACAACCCGAUCUCUUCGACUCCUGUUGAACAACAUGAAGCCGACAUCCUCUACUUAAAGCGAAAGGUUUUAAGAGAGCCUGAAGGAUCUAUUAAGAGAACAGAGGCUCAAAAGGAGUUAGAUGCUGCAAUGUCACAUAGGGAGCACGUCGAUCGUACCUUUGAAGAUAUUGGAAAAACACUUUUUGGUGAAGAAAAAGGGUAUGAGAUGAUUAAGACCGUUCGAUCAGCAGGACAAUCGAUUGUUGAUGAUUGGGAUUGUUUCAAAACACUGGUUGAGACUUAUAAGACACAUUGUGGAGUCCUCUCUACCUAUGGGAAGAAGCAUAUGCGGGCGUUUGCGAAUAUGUGCAAUGAUGGAGUGCAACAAGCUCAAUUGGCUAAAGUAGCAUCACAAGUGUGUGGAAGACAAGUUUAAUUAGCCAUAAUUUUCGAUAAUUAGCCUAAAUUAACUUUCCCCGACCCAAGAAAAAUAUAAGUAUUUGCAAAUGAAUAAAAAAUAGAUGAAAAUAAGAUAUAUAGCAACUACAUGUUUGUAUGUACUUCGUAGAAUAAAUCGAACUUUGUGAUUCUAGAAUACGCACUACAAUGAUGCGCAUAAUUAAGUUAGUGAUGUUAAUAUUUUAUCCUUCAUUUCUAGGGUUUGCAAGCGAAGGAAUGUAAGUGUAUAUGAUCAUCAUGUCAAUGAAUUGAAGUUGUUUACACA